AUGACUAAAUUAGAGAAAGAUGUUUGUCCGGUUCAUUCUGACACACAAAUCAAACAUGAAACAUACAAAGCAAGAAUGCAACUAUUUCUUGCUACGGUUGUCUGUAUCAUUUUUAUUGCUGUUGAAGUUGCAGGUUAGUAUCAAGAGGAAUUGCGCACGCUGUACAUCUUUUUCCAGCCAUUUUUGAGGCGCCGGGGAGAUCGGACGAAUUAGAGAAGGGGCUUAUUAGAAGGUUAAUGCAAGUAAGAAACGCAGUAAACUCCAUUCCAGUUGAUGAAUCUAAAUAGUGUACAUGAUUGAGGUUUUUGUCGUGAAGGAAGAGGGCGAGCUAAAUGGAAGUCUCAAUAAUGUUUUUCCAAUCUUAAUAUAUUUCUUCCAUUAAAAAAGAAGGGCGCAUUCGAGAAGGGGCUAAAUAUAGAAUCUAUGGUAUAUAUUUGAAAAGGUUUUUCGAAUGUAAUUGUCUAUUUAAUUAAAGUGUCCUUAAUUCCAAUUCAAACAUCACUGCAAAUUUGACUGGAAACUCACGCAGUGCAAAAACCUGUAAUGACAGUGCUAUUGCAAAUAACAAUGCCACUCCAUAUAUAUAAAAUGAAAGAGAUACAAUGAAUUAAUUAAAAAAGCAGUUGCGAACACUGUUUACCCUUGAUGUCCAAUAUGGACGACUUCUUGUGUUCCAUGAAAGAAGAAAUAAAUUGAAAUACCCGGUGAUAGAUAUUUUCAAAUUGAUCAUUACUACUGAUAUCUCGUUCAACGCUAGAUAUCUCCAGGUCGCUCACGUUUUUACUAGAAUAUCAUCAAACGUUCCUCGAAAAAUGCAAUGGAAUGGGCACAUGCACCCCAGGCUCUUUUCUAAGUGUCCUUAUACAGAAAUAAAUGUGCUCUUAAGACGACAGUGUCCUUCGAACGUAAGCCUUUAUCUGUACAACAGAGUACACGGCCAAAUUUAUAUGAUUCUUUCAAAAAGAAUAUGUUACCACAAUCAUGUUUACUGAUUCUUAAUUGAUGUGUGUUUUCCCACUGUACAGGAGGAUAUUUAGCAAAUAGUUUGGCUAUCAUAACUGAUGCAGCUCACAUGAUGUCUGAUCUAGCAAGUUUAUUAACAAGUAUUUUAGCAAUAAAGAUUGCAGCAUGGCCUGCUACUAAAUCUCACACUUUUGGCUUUUUCCGUGCAGGUAUGAUAUAUGUUUAGUUGCAGUGGGGCACACAGAUAUGGUGCUCACCUUCACAAGUAUUGAUAUCUAUAGGGACAAUUAAUCUAACUCCUGUAUUCUAAAACCUCACUGUGAGCUUCCCUUGAGUGCCAGUGCUGUUUUUGAAUCACUGGAGGGUUAGCAUAGUAACAUAGUAAGGUACAAGACUAACCUCUCCAACUAUUAAAAAACAGCACUGACACUCAAGGGAAGCUCAGAUUGAACCUCCACUCUUUGAGUGUGAGCGAGCUUUUAGAAUACAGGCGUAAAUCUCUCUUUUUAUUUGCCACCAAAUACAAGAAUUCAGCUCCCUUUGUGACUUUGUGAUAUUGCCUGCAUGUUGACUACCAUUUGCUGCAUGAUAGUUCUUAGUGAAAUCCAUGCAUCUGGUGUAUCUAUAGAUCACUUAAAUUUGUUUUUAUCAUUAUAGAAAUGUUUGGGGCAUUGCUAACAAUUUUCCUGGGAUGGAUUGUGGCUGCCUUCUUAUCAUACUACGCCAUUGAAAGGAUAGUUUAUCAUGAUUAUGAAAUAGAAGGAGAUGCUAUGGUGUUGACUGCUGGGUUUUGUUUGAUAGCAAAUAUUUUGUAAGUACCACUACAAAACCUAAAACGUGAUAUGAGAACUUUCUAAAAAUUCUGAAUUUACCUUCAUUCGGUAGUCAUUGAAAGGAAAUAAAAUCGAAACGGCAAUUUUAACGGUUCACAUAUAGUCUAUCUUGAUAUGAUGGCCUGGAAACUAAACAGAAGUCAUUGUAUUAUGUUUUUGUCUGAGUUUAUCUUAAUUUGUGCACGGUCACAGUGAUUGAGCUCAUUGUAUUUUCGUAUAAUUAAGUAACAGUCCAAUAGGGAUAGCUGAGAUGAAACGUAUAACCAGGAUGAAUAAUAUUUAAUGAAGUCAUGAGACAAAGGAUUUGUGUACGGUGAGGUACAGUUCAACAUCAAACAAAGGUCUUCUAUUUUGUAGCUUUGAAGUUUGCCGGGCUUCCAGACCCUGAUAUCUUGACAGACUCACAGACUAUGAUUCACAUGACAUGCAUAGGCCACAUUAAUUACAAAUACCCUUCAUAUAUGACCGGUAUUGAUUUGUGUGCCUAUAUAGAAAACGUUAAUCACCCUUAAUCUAACUGUUUCAGUGUUCAGCCUUUUGAUUGUUACAGUUAGCUUGUAUUUCAAUGGUUCAAUUCCACUAUAUUUAAUUCAUGUAUGUAAAAGAUAUGGUACUAAUAACUUUUUUCUUCUUGUUGUUCUUGGUGUCGUUGCAGCUAAUUAAUCCAACAGUUUAUUCAGAAUAUAAGAAUUUUGUAUCAGGACGUAAUAACUGUGAUUUUAAUACUACGUUAUAAUUCCGUUCAGGAUGGGACUAAUUCUCGUGGUACCAGGGCGAUCACAUGGUCAUUCCCAUGGUGGUAAACCUUCAAUUAGAGAGGACGGAACACAAUCAACAGAAGAACUACAGAAUAUCAAUAUUAGAGCUGCUUUUAUUCAUAUUUUAGGAGACACAUUGUGUACUUUAGGACUAUUAAUUGCAGCUAUUAUUAUCAAAUUUAGGGUAAGUAAGUAAGACAUCAUCAAGUUUGUCGUUCUUCAGCGGUAGGGAUAGUUAUUCGUUGUGUAAGUGGAGUAAAUAACUCGUAUCUUGAGUUUACAAGAUGACAUUAUUAUUCGGAGUAGAUUUUUUCUUAUAUUUCUUAAAUUUGUCUGUUGGUAAAGCCCGUAAAGGAUUUUCCAAUUAUUAACCUUUGAUUGGUUUAACCCUCUUAAAAUCCAACCUCGCAAGCCAGGCUUGGGAAGGAAGUGGAAGUAGAGAGUCUCCUGGCUUGAGAGGUUGCUUACAUAACCCACACAUGCAUUAGAGCUCCACAACUGGCAUCUGUAUAGCUCAGUUGGGUGUCAGGGACCUAUGUAAUAAAUGUAUAUAAUUUUCAUCUACAAUACCCUUCAACUAAUCUUCAAUCGAGUGAGAUGCCAGCAAAAUCUUGGUAUGGAACUAAAAUAUAGCAUUUAAAUAGUUUUACAAAAUAAUGAAAUAUAUUUUCGUUUUCCCAUAUGAGUCACUUUUUAGGGGGAGUUACUAUUUUUAGACUUUUAGGGUUAGGAUUAGGGUUUGGAUUAGGGAAAGGAUUAGGAUUAGGGUUAGGGUUAGAGUAAAGGUUAGGGUUAAGUUUAAAAUACAAAAGAAUACAAAAGAAUACAAAAGAAUACAAAAUUACAAAAGUCUAAAAAUAGUUACUCCUCCUAAAACGUGACAGGUAUACUAUUUCUUCCUUUUCAGCCUGAUCUUACAAUUGCUGAUCCUAUUUGUACGUUGAUUUUUUCUACAAUGUCAGUUCUUGUUAGCUUAAAUGUUUUCAAAGAUAUUAUGAAAGUCUUCUUGGAAGGUAAGUUGACUCGUCACUGAUGGCUCAUGCCUGAUAACGGAGAGCAGUUACGAUGGAAGGGUCAGUUCUGGAAUAUUUCCCACCCUGUCAACAUUCCCUGUGUGCGGAAACCGGAAUUCCCAGAGAAAACCCAAAUCGUUCGCUAAGCAAUGACUAACUCCUCACAUAAGUCAUGAGUUCGCAGUGAGAAUGGAACCCACGAUCUGAGAGUUGGACGGCGGCUAGCUUGGCUCUUACGAGUGCGCCACCGAAGCCACAAAUGUAUUGUUCCACUUUGAAUGUAUCCAACUAUAUUUCCCUGAACAAUGUAUUUUACUUACUUAGGUGCUCCAGAUCAAUUUACAUACGAUGAAGUGAAAAGUUCUCUAGAAUUAAUAAAAGGCGUCACACACGUACACAGUCUGCGGUUGUGGUCGCUAACAGUCGAUCUCUUGGCAGCAAACGUGCAUUUACAAAUUGGUACGUUGUCUCAUAUACAACCAACUGAAAUCAUAUAUUUCAGUAGGGGUUUAGUUUCCUUUAUUUAUUUAUUGAAAGUUGGAGGAGGCUUAACACCUUAAACCUCCCAGCUUCCGUCCCCUUUGUGUAAUAACAUAUUUAUUCAAACCCCAUCUACUGAAGCAUUUAGUAGUUUUCCAGUACAAUCACGCAAGUAUUAGAUUUCGAUGCUAUAGAUGUUAAUCAUAUCACCGACAGGUGUUCAGAAUAUCAUAAACAUACGACCAACUCAUUUCCAAUUGUGAUUACCCUCUCCUGCCUCCACGUACCUGCUUUCAAACAUCAUAAAACCCCUCCUCCCUUUCAUUUUACUAAUCUAUUCCGAGACAUAGUUAAUCGACACUCCCUAAGACACCCCAGGGCCUGUUCGCAGGCUACGUCCACAUGGAAUCGGACGAAUUCGAAACCCCACUCAAUUUCUGUUGUAAGCUUUCACGAAUUUGCGUGCCGUCCCGAAUUCGUUCGGUUUCGUGCCAACAUAGUCUAAUAUGGUUCGCAGUGUUAAAAAAGAACUCAUCUUUUUUGUAAAAAAAAAAACUCAUCAAGUGUAUGACGUUACAACAUACAGCAUGUGGCGUUGCGCAUAUAAUUAUUUGACUUUCACAUUUCGGAUGGCAAAUGUUUAAAUGUUUUAAGCCGUCAAAUUUUCACCAGUUUACUUCGUUGGAGCACAGUUUGGUUGGAGCUCCAAAUGAAUCGCUUUCAUUUGAUAACUGGCUUAAUAUCAAUUUAUUUAUAUACAAAGUUAUUUUUUGGCGAAUUAAUUGAAAUGGUGGUUUCCUUUGCUGGCCAUUGCGCCCACCCACAUGCAGUGAGCUCCAUAGCCUCCAUAUAUACUGAAGCGAGAACUCGAGUCCAAAAACUGAAGCCAUCUUAAUUCGUGUUAACCGCGCAGACAAAAACAAUAGAAGGGGACAGGAAAUAACGUCCAAUAGCUCCUUCAAUUUCCGCCAUCUUGGCAAUGAGUGUAGCGAAAUUUCGUAUUUUGACAUCGAUUUAAAGAAGAACACUAUGGUGUUAUGAACUGCUCACUUGUUUAGUGAUACGGUCCGUUAGAAAAAACUGGAAUUAGCUGGGAGGAAAUGGUAUAAAAGCUGUUUACGUCCUUCAGAGCUAUUGGACGUCAAUGGCCGCCAUCUUGGCUUCACUUUUCUCAUUGACCGAAUGACUGAAUGAAUGAAUUUAUUAGCGAUUCCCAGCAGCCUUUCGCGCUCGUAUUCGACUUUUGCGCUUUGCUUGGGGGACAACCUUAAUUGAAAUAGCUGUAUCUAUAUUGAGCUCACCAUUUCACCCAAAAUCGCGGAUUUCUUAGCGUGACGUAAUAUUCUCCCCCGAAUCCUUACAUUCAUGUACAGCUCUCAAUGAUUGUUUUUCUUGCAGAUGAAAAUACAAGCGAAAAUGAAGUUCUCUACACGGCAACAAAGCUUUUAAAACAUGACUACAGAGUACAGUUUGUAUGCAUUCAAGUUGAAAAUAAAUUUGAAUCAUGGAUAGAAAUACACAAUCAGGCAAAAACGGAGGAACAAACUACCACAGGCACGGAACUUAGUUCCGAAUAG